CAUCAUAUCAAAAUAUUCCAAGUUGACCAUACACGAUCCCUUCCAAAACGAAGCCAUUGACGGAAUUAAAGCUACCGGCUAAGGCCGAAGCCCUCUGGGACACUAUCUCCUCCUAAUCUCCCCCAACUCCCCCAAAAUGAUGUUCAAACCCUCCCCCAUCCUUCAAAAAAGGACCCCCGUCCGCCUCAAAGGUUUCCGUCGACCCGCCCUCCGCCUCCUCCGCGCCGCCGAGGUAUCCAUGCACCCCCUCGCCACGAUGGAAGACCUGGGUGUCCCGCACAUUCAGCCGACACGCGGCCAGUCGAACCACGACGCCUGGAAGAAGCUCGGCCACCCCAUCGUCGCCAUCCAGCGGCGCGCAGGGCUCACUGUCGUGCAUCAGGGCGCGGGGUCGGGCGACCCGGCGGAGAACACGCAGCUCGCAAGGUUGGGUGCGACGGAGCGGAUAUGGAGUCCGAGGGAGCAGCAGUUGAGAGAGGAGGGGAAGGCGGAUUUGGUGGACGUGCCGGCCAUUGCGAGGAAGAAGCAGAAACGGCGGACGGGACAUGAGAUAGUGCCGUUGGAAAAUGCGACGCAACGACCCCGCCCGAGAACAAACCCUGGGCGAUACAAGCCGCCGGCAACGCUCUACUGGCAGCAUAGUAUUUACACCUACAACAAAGCAUCGAUGAAGCCAUUACCAGCAACCACGAGGAACGCCACGAAGAUGCUCCGCGGCUUCAUCACUCGAUAUCCGAAGGACCUAGACGGCGUCCUGGACGCACUCCGCACCGAAAACUCCCGCGCGCGCACCCCCCUCCGCGCCUACCUCUCCGACCGCUCCUCUCCCCGCACCGACAUGCUCCCCUCCCUGAUCGGCGUGAUCAGCAUGCUCGGCAAAGGCGGCUUCCUGUACCCGUGGCGUGCGAUGCAGAGCCUGGCGCCGGAGAUCACGUUCAAGCACUACAACGGCGGGCGGGUGGGCAUCCAGACAUUCGUGUAUGAUCGGCGGAUCGAGGCGUUGCGGCAGGAGAGGCAGAGGGUGUGGGGACAGAUGAAGGAGAUGAUGGAGAAGGGGGGGUUGAUGAAUCAGGGGAAGGACGGGGAGGUGAUGAAGGAGUUGGAGGGGAGGUUGAAGGCGGCGGGGGUGCAGUAGACUUGGUUCGAAGUUUGGGUGGGGGUUCUCAUUGGGCGUGGAUCCGUGUCUACCUGUAUGUGUACGAUAAAGGCAGUGAUACCCCGAACUGUUAACAAAAUCGAAGUAUAUAAGAACUCAGGGGAGGGGUUGAAUCGCAACGCUCGAUCCCUGAGCUGGAUUGGCAUCGAAUAUCUCCUGGCUCAGCGUCUUCGCACUACAAUUCGACCUUAACUCCAAGACAGACCCCUGCUUUAUUAAGACGACCCCUUUACAUUUUCCUUCACUACAAUUCUAAGGAGCGAUCUUGAUACAAACGACCAAACUUGAAUAUUAGACUACCACGCCAGUACUUUUGUGUUAACCAUCCCAAUAUCCAAAUUCACUGAACAACCGGGUAUAUCCUCCCACCAGCGGCCACCAACUCCCUCGUGAUCUCACGAUC